AUGACAGUCCACAAUGAUGAUAUUGCGGUUCACGAUUCUAACAUGAUCAGCCAGAGACCGAAGACGUUCAGCGAAUUACCAGCCAACUAUUUGGAGCUACGACUUCCUUCAGAUGCCAUAUACAAAGAGAGAGCAGCUAAGUUAGAGCAGGAACUAAGGUUUGCUAUUAAUGAUGAAGAUGCAGAGCCAGUGAACUUUCUUGAACUGAUUGAUGACAUCCAACGGCUGGGGUUGGGGCAUCGUUUUGAGAUGGAUAUCGAUAGAGCCCUUCGGAAAUUAGUGUCUUUGUACGACGGCGGUGUCGCAGAGGAGUAUAGUCUGCAUGCAGCAGCUCUGAGAUUCAGGCUCCUCAGGCAACAUGGCUACGAGACCUAUGUCUUUAAAGCUUUCAAGGACAAGGACAAUAAGGGAAACUUCAAGGGAUGCCUUCAUAAGGAUGUCAAAGGAAUGUUGAGUUUGUAUGAAGCUUCACAUCAUGCCUUUGAAGGAGAUCUUAUGGAUGAAGCCCUCACAUUCACGAAUGCAUCUCAUGGAUUUACGGUGUGUUUAUUAGAAGAGGUGAGCCGCUCGUUGGAGCUCCCAUUGCAUCGAAGAAUGCUCAGGCUAGAAGCUUGGUGGUACAUCGAAGCUUAUAGCAGAGGGGCUACGGAAAAUCCAACCCUACUCGAACUGGCAAAGCUGGAUUUCAACAUGGUGCAAUCAACACAUCAAGAAGAUCUCAAGGAGAUGGCAAGAUGCUGGAUAGGUAUGGGGCUAGCGAGCAAGUUGAAUUUCGCAAGGGAUAGGCUCAUAGAAUGUUUCUUCUGGUCGAUCGAAGUGGUUUUGGAACCCGAAUUCAGGAAUUGUCGAAAAAGUCUAACCAAAGUGGCUUCCAUGGUAACUAUAAUUGACGAUGUUUACGGCACUUUGGAUGAACUCGAGUUAUUUACCGGUGCCCUUCAAAGGUGGGAUGUAGGUGCUGCGAAAAAGAUUCCCAAGUGUAUGGAGCUAUGCUUUCUUGCUCUUUUCAUAGUAUUUUUUUCUUCUACUCCUUUCUCCCCUUUGAACUCAAGGCUCCAUAUUAAUAUCUUAGAGGAAAAAUCUAAACUCCAUUAA